UCAGGGGGUUGGAGGUGAAACACUCCUCCCAGCUUCACUGGUCAGUUGCACCGCCGACAGCAACAACACGUCCGUCUAAACAAUGUUUUAAGAAACCACUCAAAACAACAACCCCGGACGCAUUUCACUUACUCGUAAAAGCAUUUUAGUGCUUGGUGGCUGCUUGACACUGACGCCCCGGAAAAAGAUCCAGGUAUGACGGCAACGCGCAGAGAGCAGCCGAGACGGCACACCAGCGCCAUCUAAUGCUCCGGAGUAUUAUAGCUGUCAUUCCCCUUCCAUCUGUAUCAAACUCUUCACGAGUGAAUAAAUAUGCAUGAGAAUAAAUACGAAAAUAAAUGUCUCAAUAAGAGUGAAAUAAUACAUGACAAUUGAAUAAAUCAUGAUAUAAGGCCCUCGGUUGUAUCCGUGUGUUUUGGAAGCGCGUGAGGACGCUUUUAUUUUGAAGAUGUUGAUGGGACGAGGCUGAUCUGACAGCCCCGAGUGACGCUCGAGUAUAAAUAAAUGAGCCUUUCUGGGAGUUGGUUCUCAGACGCACCAUGUCCAACAACUCAGCCGCCAACAGCAGCCUGCUGUUGGCGCACAAGGCGGUCAAGCAGCUGCGGCUGGAGGCCAGUGUCCCGCGCAUCAAGGUUUCACAAGCUGCGGCAGAACUGAAGACCUUCUGUCUCCAGAACGCUCACAAAGAUCCUCUCUUGAUGGGGGUUCCCUCCAGCGAUAACCCGUUCAGACCUCCGAAGUCAUGUGUUCUCCUUUGAGCACAAGACUCAUCCCUGCGAGCCAAACUGAACAUCUGCUCCUUUUUUGAAGUGGCAGUAGUGAAGAAGAUAACGGCUUGUGUCGUGUGUCACACUGAGUAUACACCAGAGAGGCCGUCCUGGCCUCACACACAACUGCCUGCAAGCACAAACUAAGCCACCGAAACAGCUACGAACGUGAAAAAGGCCAUUGAGAAUGUGUCACACUCAAUGUUCUGUGUGAAUGUCCAAGCCUCUAUAUAGUUUCUAUAACCUGUUUAAUGUAUAGUUGUACAAGGAGAUGCUUUUGUAGUCGUUGUACAUUGCAUUUGAAACUACAGGAAAUAUAUAUACUGCUUAAACAUUUUUGCCACAAUUUGUGAUGAUGAUGUAGAGGUGUGAUGGUUGUCAGUCAUGACGAAGGGUUGCUUCUCCAGACCAGUUUGGUGGAAGCUAUUUGGAGUGGCAAAAGUCCAGAGCUUUGUUUUCCACUUCCCGGUGAAAUCUCAUAUUCUAAUGUCUAAAGUGGGUCUAGCUGGUGACGUCAAGCCGUGCUGUUCCCUCAGUUUGGAGCAGAGAGCUGCACCAAGCUUAAUCCAUGUUCCAUCUCUGAUCUAUUUUGAGCAUGUGAUUAAUUAAUAUGGUCAGAUCAUGUGGUUUCUUUGUAUCCUGAGGUUAUUUAAUCCAUAAAACACUGCGUUUCUAUUUGA